GGCCCCAACGUAUUCUAACCUGUACCCUGUUCUUUAUAGCUGCGCUGUUGAAUUGGUGCAAUGAGUUGGAGUGAGAAAAAUAUACUUGUCUCGCUUUAACGCAUUGCACCAGUUCAGCAGUGCAGCUAUAAAGAACAGACCACUAGUUGACAUGUAUAUAUUUUCACGGCCUGCCUGUGAUCUUAUCGGUCAUAGAAUUAAAUCCAUCGAAGUGGAAACUAUACUGUUAUCAUCCUUAUAAAUAUUCUGAACAUUUAUGUUGCAUAUUAUCAGCGCAUUUUCUAUAAAUAAAAUUGACACGUGUGCUUGUUAAUAAUAAUGAGAGGAUAAGAUAGUAGUAACUUGUUUUUUCUUCAGUAUUGUUAAAGGCAUAAAACGGUAGCAAUGGGUACAUUGGAACUAAAGCAAAAGCUAUCUGGGCACAGGGGCAGAGUGUGGAGUGUUUGCUGGCAUCCUAAGGGUGCUAAUCUAGCAUCCUGCGGCGAGGAUAAAACAAUUAUAAUAUGGGGAUCAGAGGGACUUAAAUGGGUCACAAAAAUGAUUCUUACGGAAGGGCAUUCUAGGACCAUUAGAGAAUUAGCUUGGUCUCCCUGUGGUAACUAUAUUGCAUCAGCAAGUUUCGAUGCGACUACCGCAAUAUGGGAUAAAAAGUCAGGACAAUUUGAAUGCAAUGCAACAUUGGAGGGGCAUGAGAAUGAGGUGAAAAGUGUUAACUGGUCAAUCUCGGGUCAGCUACUGGCCACGUGUAGCCGAGACAAAUCUGUGUGGGUAUGGGAAGUGAAUGACGACGAAUACGAGUGCGCUGCAGUUAUUAACGCCCAUACUCAAGAUGUAAAAAAGGUGAGGUGGCAUCCGCAUGAAGAGAUUUUGGCAUCUGCCAGUUACGACAAUACAGUAAAGCUGUUUAAAGAAGAUCUAGCCGAUAGUGAUUGGUCGUGCGUGGCAACUUUAUCAUCUCACACAUCUACGGUAUGGAGUCUCUCUUGGGACAAAACUGGUAAUCAGAUUGCAAGCUGCAGCGACGAUAAAACCGUAAAAAUUUGGCGGGAAUACAAGCCCGGUAACGAAACGGGCGUUGCUACGCCAAACAACGAGCCUGUCUGGAAAUGCAUAUGUACACUCUCGGGUUACCACACGAGAACUAUUUACGACAUUGAUUGGUGCAAAAGUACGGGCUUGUUGGUGACCGCAUGCGGCGACGAUAUCAUCAGGGUGUUUAAGGAAGACGAUGACUGCGAUCCUCAUCAACCGAGUUUUACAAUGGUCUGCUCGAUGGACAGCGCGCAUACUCAGGAUGUUAACUGUGUUCAGUGGAAUCCUGUUGUUCCUGGACAACUCGCGUCAUCAAGUGACGAUAGUUUUGUGAAGAUAUGGUCAUAUAACGAAUAAAAUAAAUAUACAACUAAGGAAAAUAUAUUGUAGUUCCGUUUCUCCUAUAUGCGACAUGUACUUUUGUUACUUAGAUCUUAAAAUUAGCAAAGAGUAUAUAUACAUAUAUAA